AUUGAGAAAAGUAUAGUUAUGCAAAUGCAACGUUGCUUUUGACUUCAAAGAGAAGAGUAUAUACACUGCGUCUUCUUCUUCCACUAUCGCUUAGGGUUUUGCAGAAUUUCAGUUUACCUUCACUGUUAUUACACGAAAUAUUCUGAAUGAACACGGAAGAAGACCAUUCUCCAAAUCAAAUCAAAAGACACAAAUGCUCGGCUUGCUUUAAACAAUACAAAAAGAAAGAGCAUCUUAUUGAGCACAUGAAAACAACUUACCACUCUGUUCAUCAGCCUAGAUGUAUGGUCUGUAAAAAGCACUGCAAAUCUUUUGAAUCUCUCAGAGAACAUCUCACCGGACCUGUGGCUAGAGGAGUUUGUUCAGCGAUUUUCUUUCAAUGUGGUUGUCAACUAUGUUUGACACUAUCUGAUAGUCCCGCUUCUCUCAAUGACCAUAGAGAAACAUGUCGCCUAUCUGCUCCUACUCCUCUAGGCACAAGCGAAUUGCUCUAUAUAGACUCCCAUAAUGAAAACCACGCUGAUUGCCGCCCUGGAGCAAUUGCAAUGGACUGUGAAAUGGUGGGUGGCGGAAGUGAUGGAUCACUGGAACUUUGCGCUAGAGUAUGCUUGAUCGAUGAAGAUGAGAACUUAAUCUUCCACACGUAUGUACGACCUCAAAUCCCUGUUACUAACUAUAGGUAUGAUAUAACUGGUCUCACAGAAGAGCAUCUUCGAGAUGGUAUGCCACUUAAGGAAGUUCGUGAAAAGAUAUUGCAAAUUUUAUACAACGGAGAAUCCAUUGUAAAAGUUAGUUUGGAUGGUGGAAAGGCCAGGCUACUUGUGGGUCAUGACUUGGCACAUGAUUUAGAUUGCUUGGUAAUGACUUAUCCUGAUCACAUGACGAGAGAUACUGCAAAAUACCGCCCAUUGUUGAAGACAAACUUUGUCAGCCAUUCGCUCAAAUAUCUUACCCGAACAUAUCUAGGUUAUGAUAUCCAAACAGGCACUCAUGACCCAUACGAAGAUUGUAUUUCUGUAAUGAGACUGUAUAAGAGAAUUCGAGGUCAAAGUCACAAAGAGGAAGGCUACAGAACGUUGACUCCAGGUGACAACAUCGGCGCGUGUGACUGGUGGAGAUCGAAAGAACUCGAUAAUCUCACGCCAGAUGAACUUUACGCUAUUUCAAGGUCAGACUAUAGGUGUUGGUGUUUGGAUUUGAAGCUUUGAAUUAUUGAUCAUUGCAUUUGUCCCUGUAACACCGAUCAAUCAGUGUACAUUUGUUAAGAAACUAUGGGAUUCCUUGUUAUAAAGGAUUGGUCUCUAACUAUUACUUUGAUGUAUAAAUUUCUAUGCGCCUAAAUGUGACAUUUAACGAGAAUAGAGAUACCCGUUAAGUUUUGUAAUCCUUAUAUCGAUCAAACGUAGUAUAUAACUAAAUAAAUAUUAAUUUGUUUCCGA